AUGGCGAAGAAAGCCAAAUCCCGCACCAUCGCCGUGCGCCUCGUCUCCAUGGCCCUGACCGGGUACUACAAGACCCUCGUCCGGCCGCGCACCCACCGGCCGCUGAGCAUGCUCAAGUAUGAUCCUGUCGUGAUGCAGAGCUUCGACAUGCGAAAAAGACUAUUACUACGUGGCAAAAUUGUCGAAUGUGAUGAGUGGUGCAUCAUUGGUCGGGUCGGGAUCCGAAGCCGAAGCCGAAGCCAGACUUUGUAUUAUACUCGGGAGUUGUAUUAUGAGAAGUCAUUGCAGGCGUUUCGGGAGAUGCAUCACUUGGACUGGAAGUCUGGGAUGUACAAUUAUGAUUCAGCAAAUCUCUAUAAAUCUAGCGAGUACAAUCACAGCAAUUGGUGA